AUGGGGAUGGUUCUCCCGGCUUAUGCUGACUAUGUGCUCCUCACUUUCACCGACCCAGCUGACCCGGGGAGGAUGCACAAGUGCCAGGCCGUGUACUCGGCAGAGUCUUCUGCCAGGAUCAACUGGGCCAAAUGUUUCAGACGACUGCUGAAAUGUAUAGUGUGUUUUACUGUGUUGUGGGAAAAACACAAGUCUCAGAGUCAGAAUUGGAGUUCAGUGACAGAGUUUAUUGCACAAGGAAAUACCAGAGCUCUGGGGACAGAAAGACACCGACAGCACAAUGCCAGACCUUGUCAUGUGCCAAAAGUGCUGGAAAAUGGAGAAAUGCAUGUAACAGACUUAACAUUUGGGAAACAGGUCUACUACAGCUGCAAUGCAGGGUACAUUCUUCGGGGAUUAAACCACAGCACCUGUCUGCAUGAUGGGACAUGGAGUGAUCAGCAUCAAUUCUGUGAACCUGUGCAAUGUCCAUUCCCAAGUCCACCAGAAAAUGGAACAGUGCGUUUCCAAACCACAGACCAGCCUACUACAGCUUUUGUCUUUGGGGACAUGAUUUACUACGAAUGCAAACAAGGUUUGGCUUUAAUUGGAAAUGAAACAAGCUUUUGCCUGGCCAAUGGAAAAUGGACAAAUGCACCUCAGUGCAAAGAAGUGAAAUGUGGAAUGCCACCAAAACUAGUAAAUGGAUUUAUGGUAUUUGCACUCAAAAGAAGGUAUAACUACAGAGAGAGUAUUGAUUACGGCUGUGUUGAAAAUUACAUUUUGGAUGGAUCGAAGACAAUCAUAUGUGAGAAGACAGGAAUCUGGACUGAAAAGCCUACAUGUCGAGCUCCAUGUAUUCUACCUGUGAAGAGAGCUCGUAUAUUCUAUAAUGGAAGAAAGAUCUGGAUGGAUGAGCUCCCACACAGGAGAAUAUUACACACAGAAAGAGUGUCUUUUUACUGCAAAGACAUAAAACGAAACUGUGGAUUACCAGUUCUGACUCAGUGCAUAGAUAGCAAAAUUGAAAUUCCUGCAUGCUUUCAAGAACCUUCAAGUUUCACUUACAACGUAAUGUUUCGCACACUUCCAUCAGAAAUAAAACAGUGUUAGUGAUGGAAGAACAUAAUCCAUU